UGUGUCUGUGUAUACUGUGAAACUAUAAUAAAUAUUAUAGAACAGGUCAACAAGUGAUUGUUUCUUCAUAUAACGACAUCCCACAAGUACUUGACCGUCAGAGCUUCAGGAUUGAAGAUAGCCAGAACUGAAUUCGAUUAACAUAGUCUUCUGCAUUUAGUAAUCUGCGGUAAACAGGAUGGCUACCAUAUGGUGGAGAUGUGCGGGGCUAGCUGCAUCCUUGGUUAGGAAAACUGGCUCAAAGCUUCAUGGUGCAACUGCAGCCGCGAAAUGGGGUCAGCAGCAACAACGCAAUUUGAAUAUACACGAACAUAUGAGUUACACUCUUCUAAAAGAUGCAGGUAUUCCAGUACCAAAAUUUGGUGUUGCAAAGACAAAGGCUGAAGCUCAAGAAAUUGCAAAAAAUCUGAACGUAAAAGGCAUUGUAUUAAAAGCUCAGGUACUUACUGGUGGGCGAGGAAAAGGAUCAUUCAAAAAUGGAUUGAAAGGAGGCGUUAAAAUGGUUGACAACCCAGAAGAAGCAGCAGAAUUAGCAGGAAAGAUGAUUGGCCAGUACCUGGUAACAAAGCAGACUGGUGAAGCUGGACGCAUCUGUAAUUCAGUUAUGGUUACAGAGCGGAAGGAUCUGCGCAAGGAAUAUUAUGUUGCUCUCAUGAUGGAGAGAGCAUUUGCUGGUCCUGUAGUGAUAGCUUCAUCUCAAGGUGGUGUUAAUAUUGAAGAUGUGGCAGCAGAGAAUCCUGAUGCCAUUCACUACGAACCCAUCAACAUUAUGGAAGGAAUAACUGAAAGUCAGGCAGAGAGAGUGGCUGAGAAACUAGGACUUGGUGGUGACAAGAAAGCUAACACAAAGGAUAUGUUAUUUCGACUUUAUGACUUAUUUGUUAAGAAGGACGCUCUUCUUCUAGAACUAAAUCCUUAUGCAGAAGACAGUGAUGGGAACUAUUUCUGCUUGGAUGCCAAAUUCCGUUUUGAUGAUAAUGCAGACUUCAGGCAGAAAGAGAUCUUUGCAUUAAGAGACUGGACUCAGGAGGAUGGAAAAGAAGUGGAAGCUGCAAAGUUUAAUCUCAAUUACAUUGCCCUUGACGGUGACAUUGGAUGCCUUGUUAAUGGAGCUGGUCUUGCAAUGGCUACAAUGGACCUUAUCAAACUACAUGGAGGAAGUCCAGCAAAUUUCCUAGAUGUGGGUGGUGGAUCCACUGCACAGGCAGUCAAGGAAGCUUUCAAAAUUAUCACAUCUGAUCCUAAAGUCAAUGCCAUUCUGGUGAAUAUUUUUGGUGGUAUUAUGAGUUGUGAUGUCAUAGCUGAAGGCAUAGUUGCAGCUGCAGCGGAUCUUAACGUGAAAGUUCCUAUCGUGUGCAGACUACAGGGCACAAAUGUAGAUGAAGCCAAAGUUCUGAUUGCUUCAUCAGGGCUCAAGAUACUGGUAUGUGAAAGCUUUGAUGAAGCAGCACGUUUAUCAGUCAAGUUGUCAAAUAUCGUCAGUUUGGCAAGAGAUGCCGGACUGGAUGUCAACUUUGAAAUUCCCAAGUAGGAGAUGAAAAUAGACUGCUGAUUCCCUCUAUAUACAGGGGGUACAAAAUGGUACUCACUCUUUGA